UCAAAAAGGAGAAUUCCCAGCUUGCACUGCGCAUACUGUUGUCCGACAUUAUUACCAAACUCAUGAACAAGUGAACACUAGAAGAACCUGCGAGUGUCCAACAUGAGCGCCGGGCGGACCGUCCUCAGCAUGGUCGUUGUGCUGGGAGCUGGUGUUGGGUCGUGGGUCAUGAUCGUCUCAAGACCAGACGAUCAGAAAACGGUGAUCAGGAACCUGCCUGAAUCAAACCCAGCGCGAUUGGCGGAGUCGAGGAGGAGGAACAUAAUGGCGAUGCAGGCUCUCAAAGACACUGUUGAAUCGAGCGACGACACUGCUGGAGGAACCUCAGGAUCUGUGAAAUAGACCAAAACAGCUGCUGCUCCUCCUGCUGCUGCUCCUGCUGCUGCUGCUGCUGCUGCUGCGCCUCCUGCUGCUGCAUGGCACACAGGGCAACACAGCCUGUUCAAUUGAAGAUGGACAUUUAUUAUUGUCUAAUUUUCAGCUCUGAUGUAUGUGUUCCAUGUGAAAACAAGUUGACUUAAUUAAAACUCUCUACCAAAGCA